AAAACAGUAAUAAAAUAAAUCACCCUUCUCAAAGCAAAGCUGCAUCAUCACCAUCAUCACCAUCAGAGCCGAAAAAUCGAUUGCCUCUUUCGCAACAACAUUCUUUGUUAUCUCCGUAGUCGAAAUUUAUUCGCAGUGCAGUGCAGUGAAUCAUUUAUCGCUUUGCGGUCGACAGCGAUUGAUUAGUUUUGGUAACUGUGGUUGAAAAACAGGGACGCAGCAGUGAAUAUCGUGAACAUUGAAUUGUGGCUAGCAAUUUCCGGAGUAUGCCGCCUAUCGCCUGAUUUCACCGGAUUCAGAUUGAUAUUCAAUGCCAUACAUUCUGAUACGAGGCAAUUUAGCUUCCUACAGUCAUAAGUACCCGUUUCGAGUGCUGGUUUCGGGAUUGAAAGCGGCCGACCUCGAGCAGUUGAAUCGAUUUCCCUGCGGUGGGUACAGUGAUGAGUCUACGAUUGUCUACCUGCAGCAUCCUUGUGUGAUAUUGACUGCUUUGGAGGUUCUAGGCUAUCGCGUGGUGGCUUCCUCGUCAACGGCGGUCAAGCAGGACUACAACGAGUAUAUGUGGACUAUGCGCAAGGAGUUCAACGAUCCGGAACCGUACGCGUGCGAUACAUCGUCGAACCUUGUCGAGCGGGACAAUCUUGCCAAUAUCGGUCGCGAGGUGAAUAACUAUCCACCAAAUAAUAAGAUUGACGUGCCGGAAUAA